UGGGGGCCUCGCAGUGGACUUGACGUAUCUGGCGGCUGACAGAACGAACACCGAGCGGAGGAGAGCUGAGAAUCCAAGAUGGCCUUCAUAUUAAGACAAAGUACCCGAUGCCUCCCCACUACCAGCAGACUCGCCGUGGUCAGAUCCGUCAGCUGCUCCUCCCACCUCCAGGCACCAGCUGUCCAGGCAAAAACUAAGAAGACACUUGGAAAGCCAGGGGUGAAGAAUGUUGUCGUAGUGGAGGGCGUCCGCACCCCAUUCCUGCUCUCCGGAACCACAUUUUCAGAUCUGAUGCCUCAUGACCUGGCCAGGACAGCGUUGCAGGGUUUGCUGAAUCGGACAAAUAUUCCUCGGGAGGCCGUUGACUAUAUCGUGUACGGUACCGUUAUCCAGGAAGUGAAAACCAGCAAUGUCGCCCGCGAGGCUGCUCUCGGAGCCGGUUUCUCUAAUAAGACUCCCGCUCACACGGUCACCAUGGCAUGCAUCUCCUCCAACCAGGCCAUGACAACAGGGGUCGGACUGAUUGCAUCAGGGCAAUGCGAUGUGGUGGUGGCCGGCGGUGUGGAGUUCAUGUCCGACGUCCCUAUUCGUCAUAGCAGGAAGAUGAGGAAGGCCAUGCUGAGUCUUAACAAAGCCAAGACCAUCGGCCAGAAGCUUGCUUUGGCGUCCAGAAUCCGUCCUGAUUACUUUGCUCCAGAACUUCCAGCCGUUGCAGAGUUCUCUACAAGCGAGACGAUGGGGCACUCGGCAGACAGACUGGCCGCGGCUUUCUCCGUGUCUCGGGUGGAACAGGAUGAGUACGCUCUGCGCUCGCAUACUCUGGCCAAGAAAGCCCAGGAUGCCGGAUACCUGUCAGACAUUAUCCCGUACAAAGUGCCAGGCAAAGAUACGGUGGAAAAAGACAAUGGAAUCCGGCCCACCUCUAUGGAGCAAAUGGGAAAGCUGAAACCGGCUUUUGUCAAACCAUACGGGACGGUGACUGCCGCCAACUCCUCCUUCCUGACGGACGGGGCCUCGGCUGUGCUGCUCAUGUCUGAGGAGAAAGCUCUGGCCAUGGGAUACAAGCCUAAAGCCUAUCUGCGAGAUUUUGUCUAUGUAUCUCAGGACCCCAAAGAUCAGCUUCUCCUUGGGCCAACCUAUGGAACACCCAAAGUACUUGAGAAAGCUGGUCUGACGUUAGCGGACAUUGAUGCCUUUGAGUUCCACGAGGCCUUUGCUGGGCAGAUCCUGGCCAAUAUGAAAGCAAUGGAGUCCGAGUGGUUCGCCCAGAAUUACAUGGGAAGGAAAACAAAGGUUGGCGCUCCUCCCAUGGAGAAGUUUAACAGUUGGGGCGGAUCACUGUCCCUCGGUCACCCUUUUGCCGCUACGGGCUGUCGCCUGGUGAUGGCCGCUGCUCACCGGCUGAGGAAGGAAGGAGGACAGUAUGGACUGGUGGCAGCGUGUGCUGCAGGAGGACAGGGUCACGCCAUGAUUGUGGAGGCGUAUCCCCAAUAACGCGUAGCUCCAUGUUAUUGUCCCAGCCAAUGCACUAAUAAGGAAGAAUGUCUCCCUCCUGCAAAGGAUCAUUUUGCCGCACUGUAAAUACUUUUUUAGUUGCCUUGUCUGCGGUUUACUGAUUUGUACUGAGCACCAAGCGACUCCUAUAAUAAGAUUGAGUCACCUAGUGAUGGAUGGGGGUGCACGUCCGUGCCCAUGGCCGUUCCUUGCUUUCCUAUGUUCUGCAGAAGUAAACUGGAGUUGCCA